GUCAAUAAUCUUGAAAGUAUUGUUUGUUGUUGUCUUGUUGAGUUGUUGAGUGAUAAUUUAUUUGUUGUUUCGUUUUAGUUGGUGAAAUAAAAAUUAUAUUGUGCUAGUUUAAAUGAAUUGCUACUAUUUAUCACUUCCUACACGUUCGUAUAAAUCUAUUAAACUUAGGUUACUAGUAUGGCGGAAGGAGCUGAAACAGUAAUUCUUCACAAGAUAUUUUUUACUUUUUGUGUUGUAUCUUUAGUGUAUAAUAUUUACACGCAAUAUGGAUCUAUAAUAAUAGAGAUUGAAAACCCAACAUUUAGACUUCUAGGGCCGUAUAACACGACACAAAUUGUUGCGGACGACAACUACUCCCAAUUGAUAGAUAUUAACCAUUUUACCUUUAAAAUAAACCCACAACCGUGUGAAAACUACACAGCGGGGUUUCUGCUAAUGAUUAUAGUAACUUCAAACCCAAGUAAUUAUGAAAACCGAGAGGUUAUACGUAAAACCUGGGGUAAAAACCAUGACUCCACUAAAGUGGUGUUCCUAGUCGGGGAAUCUGAGAAUAUUAGUAUUUCAAACCAAAUAAUCAAUGAAAGUAAGUCGUAUGGGGAUAUAGUUCAAGGGAAUUUCAUUGAUGCGUAUAGAAAUAUGACUUAUAAACAUGUAAUGGGCCUUAAAUGGAUAGUGCACCAUUGUCCAAAAGUCAAAUAUGUUUUGAAAGCUGAUGAUGAUAUUUUGGUGAAUUCACCACAAAUGCUGCGGUUUCUGGCAAGGGAGUUCUCUCCGUGGGGUGCUAAGGAUCUGAUUGCUUGUCGAGUUCGUGAACAUACCAAAGCUUUGCGACACAAGUCUAAAUGGCAGGUGACUGAGAAAGAAUAUGCGCCGGAAUAUUAUCCUACCUAUUGUCCAGGUUGGGCUAUCAUAUACUCACAAGACGUAGUCCCUCGGUUGCUGAAAGUGGCUCAGACCCUACCCUACUUCUGGAUUGACGAUGUACACAUAACGGGAGUGAUCGCUGAAAUAAUUGGUGUACCUCGCACACAACUAGUCAGUUUUAUAUUAUCAACUAUAAGUAUCCAAAAGCUGAAAACUUUAGGGCCUAAAUAUAUCCAGCAAUUUAUGUUUAGUCCCCCAGAUAUGAGUUUAAAUCAAAUAACUGAUCUUUGGAACUUGAUCUCGGAAUAAUUACUUUGAUAUACUGUUAGAAGCUUGGGGUGAUUUUAAGAGUUUAAGGGUGAUUCACUCUUUAUUAACAUCAUGCUUUAAAAGUAGGAAAAGAAUGAUGAUGAAGACCACUUGUAUGGUACUUCAUAAAUGCUGCAUAAUUACAUAUGCUUGUCAUAACAAAUUUAAUAUAAAUAUUUAGUUCGUAAGGACACAGUGAUUUACGUAUAGUAUAUUUACAAAGUAUUUUAAUGUUAAAUAGUCACCAAUAAGGGCUAAUAACAAGUGAUAAGGCGGUAUUGCACAUGAUUAUAUGUAAGCUUGUGUUUGUUAGGUGUGGGUUGAUAAAAUAAAACUAAUUAUUUAUCAGACAAGGAUAUAUUCAAGAGCGAACAUCUCCAGAGUGAUGGAUAGCUAACCACUUUAGGGCACUGUUUAUAUUAUAAUAGUUGCCUAAGGAACUAAUUAAUUUUUGCUAUUCUAACACUGUUGUGCCUUGAAACUAGUUGAGCAACGACUUUGGACAAUAAGUAAUUAUGUCCCAUCUGAAAUAAGUGGACGCCAUAGCCUAACUACUCCUGCAAUACAAGAGAUAUUACGAUUUUUUUAAUUCAUAUACGGGGAGAAGGUCUCUGAAAAUAUAUGUAUACAAAAAUAUUUAAACGAACCAAAGCUUAAAGAUUGUGAAAAGUUAAAUACAAUUGUUAUAUUAUUUAAGAAUUAGAAAAUGACUUGUUUUAAAUUUCUUAGACUUAUUCACACAGUAUUAUUAGAUAAUUGAAAUAAAAUUAAUACCAAACACGUAUUAAAUUAAAAUCAAAGAUAUACCGUCGUACUCAGAGUCAUUUAAUUACUACUCCUUCAUUUAAUUAAAAAAAAACGGCCACCAAAAGCUUUAAACAACAGAGAGGAAUGGAAGGAGGGUGGA